AUGCCAAUGGGAACAGUCAUCAUUACAGGCGCAAAUAGCUCAUUGGGCAUCCCAGCCGUUGGCUAUCUUCUUUCAAACUACUCCACAAGCACUGUCGUUCUUACAGUAAGAGACGACUCCGAGCAGGAUACCAACACGGCGAAGCUUAGAGCAAUCAUUGCUCGGUCUCCGGCUAACGCAAAUAUAUCUAUCCGCAAACUCGACCUCGCUUCACUUGCCGCAGUCCAAAAAUUCACGGAUGAGAUUCAAUCCGAGAUUGCUAGAGGGCAAAUCUUGCCGCUCGUAGCCGUUAUCUGGAAUGCUAUGAGCUGGACUCUACAUGGCGGCCUCAACUUCACUCCGGAUGGCUACGAGCGCUCUAUAGCUAUCAACCACAUUGCCCACUUCGCUAUGUCUCUGCGACUCUUAGGAUCCUUCGACCCUGAACAAGGUCGCAUCGUUUUCUUAUCCAGCGACAGUCAUGAGAAGUCCGCUUUACAACAAUUCCCUUCUACCCUGCCCGAUGACCCAGAUCUCCUUGUACACCCACCACCUGAUAAAGGAGAAGAGAUCAUUGGUCGUGGAUUUCAACGCUACGGUCUUUCCAAACUCGUUAUAAUAAUGACAAUGUAUGAACUCAAUAGAAGACUCAAGCAGGGAAGGAGAGAAACAAGCAACGAUUUGAAGGGAUUGUUCGCGCUGGCUGUAGACCCUGGGGGCCUUCUGGACUCCCGGGCAUUCAGUGGCCCGGAUGUACCCCGCAUGUGGUCCACCCAAGUGUAUAUUGCGAAUUUGUUACAGCCUCUUCUCAAGCUGCUUAAUCCCGCUUUUCGCCGAUCCGCAGAUGCGGCAAGGGAUGUCAUUGACCUUGCAGUUGGUCCACAGUAUGCAGGCAAGGAUGGAUAUUUUAUUAUGAGGAAGAAGGCGGACAGCUCUGAUGCGAGCAAAAACAGUGUGUCCAACCGUUACAAAAAUGAGGAUAUGCAGGGGAUCUUGUGGAAAAAAAGCUUGGAAUGGGCUGGAAUCAACCAGAAAGACACGGCUUUGCCUCUUUAG